AUGGGUGUGGUUUACAGUUGCGAGCUGAAUUCGUUUACCUAUGAUUAUCUGAUACACAGCUUGUGUGCACAAAGGAGGACCAUUAAUGCUAGAGAGUUGCUUAAUGAGAUGAAAUUGAAAGGCUUUGUUCCUAAGGCCAAGUCGUAUAACUCUCUGGUUAAUGCUUUUGCGCUUAGCGGCGAGAUUGAUGAUGCGUCAAGUGUUUGUACGUGGGAGAUGAUUGAGAAUGGGAGAUUCGUUGAUUUGAUUACAUAUAGAACACUUGUAGAUGAGAGUUGUAGCAAACGGAAAUAUGGUGAAGCCAAGAGAAUUGUGAAGAUGUUGCAAGAGAAAAAGCUUGUGGAUACAGAUUCUUAUGAGAAGCUUGUGAAUGUUCUUCAAAAGAAUAUGUAG